UCUUUGAAUAGGCCCAACAUCGUUUCCCCAACCACUGAACUCAAAGUAACCGGAGUUUGUCGUAGCCGCCGGUAAGGCGAAAACGUCUCUCACGGCCAAUUUCUCCCAAUCAUUCUAGCCCAUUCACAGUUUCUCUUCUUCAAUCUCAACCUUCGUUUUCAUUUUCUUCUUCUAAUCAACAAAUGGGAAGCUUAUGAAGCAAAGCUGAUAUAUUUGGAUACAUAUCUAGUUCUUGACAACCUUGGAGUUGAGUUUUUGUGACUGACACCUCUAGUUUGUAUCAAUUUGGAACAAUAGUUAGGUUGGCAGUUUGUGUUUUAAAUUGGAUAUGCAAAUACUUGGAAAGCAAAUUAGUAGCAUCUAGUUAAUAGCCAUGUUUUUGGCAAGAGCAUUUGGGCGAACAUUCUUUGCUUCUGCUGCCAGAUCAAAACAUUAUUCCACUACAGCUGCUGCUGCUAGAAACCCUCUUCAGGAGUUCUUUGAGGGAGAGAGGGACCUUGAUAAUGAGAAACCAGUUGUCUAUGGUCGGAGUUGGAAGGCUUCUGAACUGCGUCUGAAAUCGUGGGAUGACCUUCAAAAGUUGUGGUACGUGUUGUUAAAGGAAAAGAACAUGUUGAUGACUCAGCGUCAAAUGCUUCAUGCUCAGAAUUUGCGUUUUCCUAACCCAGAGCGCUUACCUAAGGUGAGAAAGUCAAUGUGCCGCAUCAAGCACGUGCUUACUGAGAGAGCAAUUGAUGAACCAGAUCCUAGGAGGUCUGCGGAGAUGAAGAAAAUGAUAAAUACUCUUUGAUGACUUAAAAGGAUAUGUUUUCGUUGCAUUGUUGGGUAUGCUGUAAGAAUAGGACAUCUACUUUAAUAGAUGUUAGAAAAUUGCUGACCAAGGCACUGUGUUCAAUACAUGAUUUAUUUAAGUUUUGCCUGUUUAGAUUUCUAAAUUUGUUUUGUUUGCCCUGA